AUGGCGUACACAAGUGUGGCGUACACAAACUACGACAUACUCGAGAUGGCAGCGUAUUUGCAGGAGAUGAUGGACCAGACGAUUUCGGUGAUUACGAACGAUGGCCGCAAUAUUAUUGGCGUGCUCAAGGGCUUUGAUCAGUGCGUGAACGUGAUCUUAUCCGAUAGUUUCGAGCGUGUAUUCUCCCUCAAGGAACCCGUGGAGGCCGUCGAGCUCGGCCUUUACAUUGUGCGCGGCGACAAUAUAUCGGUGAUUGGUGGCGUGCCCGACAGUAUUCGAGAGCAAGUGCUUGACGAUCAGACGCGCGCAGCGCCUUUGAAGCCGCUGAUUCACUAA